UGAAAAACUGGCUUCCCAUCUCUCUCUUGAACGUGGACUACAAGAUCCUUGCCAAGGUGCUAGCCAAAAGGCUGAAGUCUGUCAUCGGGCAGAUCGUCCACCCGGACCAGACCUGCGGCAUUCCCGGUUGCAGGAUUGCGGAAAGCCUUGCCCUUGUGAGAGACACGCUCUUCGCUGAGUCUAUCCGGCAGAAUGGAGAGAUCAGAGGGAUCAACGCACGGGGACCAUAUCGCUACGAGGUCAAGUGCUCGCUCUACAUGGACGACGUGACCGUCUUCUGCGCUGAUCGUGUUCGGUGACUGCACUCGUCCAGACCUGCGAGGACUUCAGCAGAGCUUCGGGGGCAAAAGUCAACUGCAGGAAGUCGGAUGCUAUGCUCUUCGGGGAGUGGCACAUGGCUUCUUCCGCCCCCUUCCCUUUUACUGUUAAUCCAGACUUCAUCCAAAUCCUCGGAGUCUGGUUCGGGAGGGAAGGCGCGGCCCUCAAGUCCUGGCAAGACUGACUGGCUUAAAUUAACUCAAAGAUCGCACUUUGUAGUACCAGACAGCCCUCGAGGGCAAAACACUUGUCUUGUGGAGCUACAGUACACCGCACAGGCCUGGCCCCCCCCCUUGCCACCGUUUGCAAGGCCAUCACCCAGACAGUAUUUUGCUUCAUCUGGGGCAAAAUGGACAGAGUUAAACAAGGAUCCUAUCAAGGGUGGGAAGGGAGUCCCCGAAAUCCCCACUCUGCUGCGGCCUUCUUUUGCAUGUUUCAGCACACAGAGGACUUUGGUUGAAAAGAAAGGCUCCGCGGGCAGGUCCAUGUCCUGCCUGUUUCUCCUGCCCCACUGGAAGAGGAUCGGCUGGGACAAGUGGGACAGCUCCAUCCCUUACAACUGGCACACUUCCUGGUUCUAUGGGGAUGUUGUCCGGUUCAUAGGGGAACACCAACUGGAGGGACUCAAGCCCGACUUGUGGAAGCCUAAGACUUUUUACAAGCUCAUCAGAGCCAAGGACUUGCUGGAGCUUGUUCCAGGGCUCCCUAAGGCCACGGCAGAGACUGUUUGGGACAAUGUAGCCUCUGCAAGGCUAACCGAUGGACACAAUGAUUUGUUGUGGAUGGCCAUUCAGGGGGGGCUAUCUCUGAGGUCAUUUAUGCAUGUCCACGGCCUGUGCAAAACCAGGUACUGCCCCAGGUGCCUCUAUGUGGAGGAAACAUCUAUGCACAUCUUUUGGCAGUGCCCCUUUGUGCAGGGCCUAUUGAACGCUCUGGAACUUGAACUUAGAGACUCGGUACCCAAAAACAACCUAUUGUACCAUUCGGUGCUUUAUGGACUUUUUCCUUGGGUUCACGACGGGGAGGCCAUCCAGGAGGCCUAGUGCCAUAUGAACUGUUUUAAGGACGCUAUAUGGCUGGACAGGAAUCGCCUCAUCUGCUACAGUGAGAACAAGCCCCUCCAGGACUGCCGUAGACUGGUCCACAGCCGGCUUAGAGACUAUUCCAUCUUGGACUGUCCAGACGUCGAUGAAGAAGAGGAUUAUUGACCUUCUGCUUCCCCUACCCCCCUAAUGCAUUUGCCCAGUAGUUCGACCCUGUGAUCCGCCCUACCCCCUCCCCCCAUUGAUCCCACGCCCUCCCCGAUCAUAGAGUGUAAUAUGUUGUUGUUUUUCGACUUUGUUUCCACAAUAUUGAGUGAUGGAGCGGAGUGUUAGUGUAGCAUGUGGUACGGUGUAUAGCUUAGGGAACCUGUGCUGUAUGUUGUACUGUAAUGCCCUCAAGUUUAGACUAACUAUAGAACCAACUAUUACACCAAAAUGUUUUACCUCAAAUUUGGUGCAGUUUUUGGCAUACACUAGCAAUAGCCCCUUCCAAAAUCCUUCUUGUAAAGCCAGGCUCAAAAAUGUCUAAAAAGUAUCAUAAUAAAUGUGGAACAAAUCAUGUAAGGGUGCAUUCACACAACGUUUUUGCAAUACAGUUCCCGCAUCAGGUUUUUAAUGAAAAAUGGAUUCCUCAAAACCGUACUAAACUGUAUCAAAAAAUUUUAACCUGUACAUGGUAAAAACCGUAUAUGGUUUGAAAAAUGAUGUCCGGUUGCAUCCGUUUUGUAAGAAAUAAACGUAUACGGUUUUACCUUCAUUACGAAUAAAGUUUCACUUGUUUGAUUGAAAUUUCAAGAAAAAAACUGUGCAAAGUCAAAAACCGUAUGGUGCAAACCGGAUGGAACUGUACGCACAUACGGUUCUCUAUGGUUCCCAUUGACUCCCAUGUUAAAAAAAAAGGACGUAUACGGUGUCAAUGUUUUUUCACCCGGACCAAAAACCGUGGUAGGCUACUAUUUUGGGUACGACAAAAAAAUGGGCAAAACCGGACAAGAUGCAAAACGGAUACAACCGGAUGCAUCGUUUGGCAUACGGUUUUCAAUGGAGAGUCAAUGCAUACGGUUUUCAAUACAGUUCUGUAUGUUUUUCAAAUUGAAAAUGUAAACGGAAACUGUAUUGCAAAAAUGUGGUGUGAAUGCACCCUAAGUCUGUUUUUGGUGCAAAUUGUUUCAGAAUUCUGACA